CGCGCCCGAGCCGCCGCGGCCGCCGCCAACAUGGCCGAGACGAGCGAGGAGGUGGCGGUGCUGGUGCAGCGGGUGGUGAAGGACAUCACCAACGCCUUCAGGAGGAAUCCGCAUAUAGAUGAAAUUGGCCUGAUCCCAUGUCCUGAAGCUAGAUAUAACCGGAGUCCCAUAGUCCUGGUUGAAAACAAACUUGGUGUGGAGAGCUGGUGUGUCAAGUUCCUUUUACCUUAUGUCCACAACAAGCUCCUUUUGUACAGAACGAGAAAGCAAUGGCUGAACAAAGAGGAAUUAAUAGAUGUCACAUGCACCCUGCUGCUUCUCAACCCAGACUUUACCACUGCAUGGAAUGUGAGAAAAGAGCUGAUCCUCUCUGGCACUUUAAAUCCAAUUAAGGACUUAUAUCUGGGAAAACUGGCCUUAACUAAGUUUCCAAAGAGUCCAGAAACAUGGAUUCACAGGCGAUGGGUGCUACAACAACUAAUUCAGGAAACCUCCUUACCUUCCUUUGUGACCAAAGGAAAUUUGGGAACAAUUCCUGCAGAAAGGACACAGCGACUAAUAAGAGAAGAGAUGGAGGUCUGUGGUGAAGCAGCUGGGAGAUACCCAAGCAAUUAUAAUGCUUGGUCCCAUCGCAUCUGGGUAUUGCAGCACCUUGCCAAGCUAGAUGUGAAGAUUCUUCUUGAUGAAUUAUCUUCUACUAAACACUGGGCAUCUAUGCACGUUUCAGACCACAGUGGAUUUCACUACCGUCAGUUUUUGUUAAAGUCUUUGAUUAGCCAAACUGUGAUAGAUGGUUCUGUAUUGGAGCAAAACCUUUUGAGAAGUGAGCCAGUGCUAGUUCUUCCUAAAGAUGAAGCAGCAGCAGCUUCAACAGAAGAACCAAGGAUAAAUCUUCCCCAUCUUCUAGAAGAAGAAGUUGAAUUCACAACUGAUCUUAUUGAUUCCUAUCCAGGACAUGAAACCCUUUGGUGUCAUAGGCGACAUAUUUUCUACCUUCAGCAUCACUUGAAUGGUAGAUUUUCUCACAGUGUGACCCAGUUGUCACCUGCAGACAGCUCUGGGGGGACCUUGAGUGACUUGCACCUCAUCACAGAGGGCCCUCACACUUCUCAGGCAAUGGAAGUGGAUGGACUAAGUGACUCUAGCAAGCAGGGCUAUUCCCAGGAAACCAAACGCCUGAAGCGGACCCCAGCUCCAGACUCCCUAGGCCUGGAAAUGGAGCACAGGUUCAUCGAUCAAGUAUUGUCCACCUGCCGGAACGUAGAGCAAGCCAGGUUUGCCAAUGCAUACAGGAAAUGGCUUGUUACACUGAGUCAGUGAAAGAGGUGGAUUAGUCUUGUAAGGUUCCUCUUUUAGUGCAAUAUUGCUUUCUUUCUUAUUUACAUAGUUGCAUGAACUGUUUGCUAUUAUUGGCUAACUAUAUAUGUUUUUCAUCUUUAGGUUAAAAGUCCAUGGUAAAUCUUUCAUUUUAUUUAUUUUGUUUAGAACUGGCAUUCCUUUGGGGAUAAAAUAAUUGUGUCAUUUCUUCCUGCUGAACAGUGAGUCUUAAUGUUUUUAAUUUUAACCUCUCAUCCUUUAUAUUUUCAUAUAUGAGACUUCUCAUUUGGUUCUUCUAACUGGUUCACAUGCACUUCCACCACUGCAAUUGCUGCAUAGGCUCAUUUCUUAAAAUUAAAAUUUUACAUUGUAGUUCAGCUUAAGAACAAUACAAAUGUAAAAUUACUUGAUCUGAUUGUUGUUUUGAGGCUCAAAUGGCAAUAUGGAUGGAUAAUGUGAAAAUGCAAACCAUUUCUUUUUCUCUAGCAUGUUCUACUCAAGUUAUAGACCAACAUAACCAAAGUCAGAAGUAUUGGAAUUUUUAUGAAUAACAUGGUUCCAAUUUAACCCAUUUUUAAAAUAGUUACUUUUUAACUAAUUUUAAGAGUUUAUGUAAUAGCAGUGCUGGAAAUUUAUUUUUAUUACUAGUUUUGAUAGUUUUUACCUCAAAUUUGGUAUAUGCCAGAGACAAAGUCAGUCCUUGUAAAAAUACAAAAAAAAAUUUAAAACCUGAAAUGCGAUUUUUAAUUAUUACUACUUAUUUUCCUUCCAAAUUCACCAUGAAAAGUGGGAGAAAUAUGCGUAGAAAUAUAUACAUGAAAGUUUUCAUUCUAAAAAAUUUAAGUUAUCGAGUCAAAAAUGUUAUGAAGUGAUUAUUAAAGUUUACUGGCAAAAGCCAGGGAAAGAAUAGUUUUGAAGGGUCACUCUUCAUAUUUAGAAAUAAAGCAAUUUAAAAAAUUUUAGCACUAAACUUAUCAGGGAUGCCGUACCAAAGUAUCCACCUUAUAGCUGUAUCUUUUCAGUAACAAAUGCAGGGGUUUUUUUGGAUGGUGGGCAGGGGUGGGGAAAGAGCCAGAUAAGUCUGCUUUCUCAAUAUAUUUCCUUCUUUGUGAAUGAUUUGUUUCUUUUCCCACAUACCAUUCCCUUUAUUUUACCAAUCAUUCCAUAUUUUUGUCACUUUCACUUUUGCAUAUUUUUUCCUGACUUAUUUUCAGGAAGGUGUAGUGAAGACAUUCUCCCUAUUUCCAGUGACUUUCAUACCCCAUUAAACACACACACACAAAAUGUAACUGUGAACUGCUCCUCUGUAAUUUCCGCUAAUGAUGGAAGCUGUUGUCAGAGAUGUGUGUGAAUUGUGAGUAAUAGUGACAGAAAUAAGUAUGACCACAAUGCAUUGCUCUUUCUCCUUUCUAUUUGCGAAGUCACAUGUGUGGUGAGGAGACAGAUGUGAGGAAAGGCAGGCCUCUCCUCACUUUUAUGGAACCCUGAACUUGAGUUAGGUACAUUACCUUAAGUGAAAAGAACAGGCCCUUAACUUGUAUGUCAUGAUUUUGUUGAACUGCCCAGUGAGACAUAAAAAUACCAGAAUAUUUGUCAAGUUUGUUCCCUGUAGACUUAACUGUUCUUCUCUUUGGGGGUAAAAUAAAAUUACUUUUUUAUACUUUUAUACUAUUUAGGUAAGAAAAUAAUUACCAUUAUGAACAUAAUUCCAUGACUCUUUAUGUACAACACAUCUUUUAAAUCAAAUACCUCAAGGUCUAUCUCUAGACCUCUGUGGAUAAAACCAUUAUAGUUUGAUUUUCAGCACCUGCAGAAGUUGGGGUGCAGGGGUCUGAGGUAUAAGGUGGGGUAUGUGUAACUACAUAGAGAUGACAUGGAAGAUUCUGCCCAUUCUGCUAAUACAUGUUGCCAAAUUCUGGCUUCAAUCAGUAUUACCUUUUUUCCCAAGCAUAGUUUUAAAUAUCCCAAAUAAUAUGGUGUCUUAUACUUCGAGGUGAGAAUAUCAGGACAUGACUAUAGACAAUACCCUGUGAAAUGCAGCUAAAUUUUAUAGUACUCUCAACCUUUUUAUACCUUCCACAGGAUAUCUUGCCCAUCUUUGAAGUUAACUCUCUUCAUGUGCUUUAAGGCUCUUAGCCCACCCCUUUAUGAAGCCAUGCGGUCCUUUAAUAUAUCUUGGUCACUUGUCUUCCUAAUAAGUUACAGAUUUAUUACAGGGAGUGGAAAUACAAAUAUCCAAAAGAUAAUGUUUGUUAUAUGACUUUGUGUGCUACUUUAUUUCUGAAAUUUGCAUCUUUCAAGUGUACAUUCAAAGAAAAGCCUGUUGUCACGUAUUUUCCUAAAGAGAUUGACAUCUAAACUAACUAGCUAUAACAUCAAGAUACUCUCUCUUUGACUGAAUGAGCUCAUGCAGUUGGAAAGAAUAAGUCUAUUUUCAGGGACUUGUUAGUCUGCAGUUACCUUUCUAUAAAUACAUUGUUGUAAAAGGAAAAGGUAGUUUAGAUUGAAACAUUUCAUCAGACUUUCACUGGAAGGAUAAAAGGCUGUCCUACCAUCCUGUGGAUCAAGAAUACUACUGACAAGCAAUUAAGAUCUGUAAAUAUCUCCACCCCACUGUACCUUCUUUUUUUUUAAAGUAUACCUAUUUUGAUAAUGUGGUGUUCUCAGAUUCUUCUCUGAGCCUUGCAUAUUGUGAGGACUCAUAUUUAUUAAAUUAAUGAAUGAUUAACUGAAAAAUGGAAAAAUUGAUCAUGAGUGAUGGAUAGAAUGAGUUAUGAUUGAGGAAUGAAUUCAUUAGAACAAUGGAUUGUGAAUGAAUGAUGUAUUCUAGUUUCAUGAUACUUCAGGGGAGGUAUUAGAUAAUAGAAUAAGUUAAUUUAGAUAUUUUUCUUCCUUUCACUAUUAUGUUUAAAAUCUGUUAAAUUCCAGCCAAUAAAUGCAGCUCUAUAAUUAUCAGUGAACCGUACUCUAAUCUAUAUUAAAAAUUCAUAGAAUUAGUGAAGUUCAUCUGCAUUAAGAACACUACUUUCCGUUCAUGUGUGGUAUUGCAGGACAUACCUUACCAACGGAGUUAGAGCCAUGUUUGGGCACCUGAAAAAUGCUUUGAUUUCAAAGACUUGUUGAUCUGUGCCUGAGCAUGGAUAGUCUGUUUAUGCUUCUUUUUCCCUCCUCAGCCUGAACCAUGGGCCUUUUAGGUAUUUCUUAAACUUAUGAAAGUCAUAUUUUAAACCUAAGGAUUUGACACCUAUUCAUGUCCCCUUGUUCUUUUCUAGGUUUUAGCAUUUAAUAUCCCUUUGGAAACUCUAGGCUCAGACCUGUGGUCAUAUUUCUUAUUUGGCCAUAUUCUUAUUUGGUCAUAUUUCUUAUUCCUAUGGUGCAGUUUUAAUUUAAGACUCUGUUAUUUGUAGGAGUAAAUGUAUUCAGGUUGUCACUAAAAGCCACUUAAAUCUUCAGAUGAGAGCUUAUGUGACACAAGGUGUAGGAACAAAAGUUCUUGGAUUUUUAUGUGGUGGUAGACUUUGUCAUUCAGAUAUAUUCAGGUCAUGUCAGUUCAUACUUGUUGAGACACCGGUAGGUAUAUGUGUGUGUGUGCAAAGAGAACUUUUAAUAUAUAUUGAUGAGAGCAAAUUGUCAGUCUUGUAAUUUUCUCUUACAUAGCACAAGAUUAUAUCUGACACAGGAGCUAAAUAACAUUCAGGAGUGUAACUGCCACUUACUGUACAACAGUUUAAUCUUUAUCCUAGCUCCCUUGAAAAGGAUGAUAUUAGAGAUUUAGUUAUAAAAGAAGGUAACAUAUAAUCUUUUUUCUUAUGGCAAAAAACUUUUGUAAGCUUAUAGUUAUUUUUGUUACUAGAAAAUUAUAUUUUAAAACUUUCAGGUAUGCUAGAAGUUAUGAACAGCAUUAUAACAUUGAACCUUUUGCUUUGGAAUACCUUUCUCAAAUACAGAGCUUUGCAAAUCCUUGUACUUUACAUGCUGCUGCCUCCCCAUGCCGGGGUAUACUCUGUAAUGUGCUCCUGUUUAAUGAAGACAUGUGGAGGUACAGGAAAGUUUAGACAACGUCAGUGUCAUAAAAGCAGUAAGAAUUCUACUUACCAUCACACAGUGUCUUUCAAAAAAAUAAUUAUACUGUGUUAAUUUGAGUGCCUUUCUUAGAUUUUUAGAGAGCAAGAUUAGAUUUAAGUCUAAUAUUUAGGUAGAAAGCAGAGACUGGCAUCAAACGGUUCAUCGUGACUCAUUUUUUUUUAAGAUUUAUUUAUGCAUACAAGAACUGGGGUACAGGCCAGAGGUGCGGGGGAGGGGGGCAGAACAGGCAGGUUGACUGAAAUACACUGCUGAGGGGAACAGUGGGGGAGCCAGGAUGGAACCCAUGACUCAGUGGCUGUUGACAGCUUGAUAGUGCUGAGACUUAAGCCCUGAGCCACCAAGGAGGCCCCUCAUUUUAUUUGUUACAUUUACUAGGCAUGGUCCCAUGGAAUAUUUUAUCUUUUAGUAAAAUACUGAACAGCAGGAUAUUUUGAUUUGCAUUUCAUUGAUUAGCAUUUUAAGUCCCCUGACAAGAAUGUAUUCUUUCUCUGUGACAAUUUUUUGAGAUUUGCAGCAUCACAUGUAAGUAAUUAAAGAUCAGCCAGAAACCUGUAAUAGCCUGUAUUCAAAGAGAAACACUGGCACAGUGCCCUGAAAGACAAGCCAGAUUGUUGACCUCAAUGAGUCCUUUGCCUCAAUUUAAGAAUUCCCUCCCAAAUUCAGAUCUACAUACAAUAAUUGCAAACAGAGAAAGGUGGGACUAUUAUCCUUUUAAAUAUUAGAGGAAAAGAAGGAAAUACUGAGAUGAAAUUUAAACUGGCAUUUUAGGUUUUGGGGUCUAGACAAGGAGAGAUAGGAAUUCCAUAUUUCAAGAUAGCAUAUAAUUUUUAAUUGUAACUUAAUAAAAAUAUAUAGUUAAAGAUUCCAAAGUGCUUUUCAGAAAACUGUUGAAUAAUAUAUUCCUAAAUGGCAGCAAUAUGUUAUGUUCAUUGUAUAGACCGAAAGCCAUUGUGUUAGUUGUGGAUCUGGGAUGGCAGGAAACUUCAGGUUCCCAACUUUGAAUUGUGUAUUCUCACUAGGCCAUGUUAACACUGUAAAACCAAACUCCAUGCUAAAAAGUUAAAAAGUAGUAGCUUAGUUGGCUGAUGAAACCUUGUGCUUCCAAGAAUAUUAGCUGGAUAUAGUUUGUGCUUUCUGGACAAAUAUAUGGUCCACAAAGCUAACCCUGUCAUUUCUUUCACUAGUCUAUUAUUCCUCAGGGUGUAGAAGAUUUAGUAAAUUUAGAACAAAAUUUUAUAUUCAGUGGCAAAAAAUGAAAAGGCCAAAUAAUGCUAAAUAUAUUACUAGCUCUUAAAAUUUUAGUAUAGAUAGUAUUUUUAUAAACCACUCCCUGUGUAGUAGCUUAUAGAUGCCCCACGACUGCCUCAUCUCACUGCUUCAACCCCUGUGGCUCUAGAUGAAUGUUCUUUUACAUAUUAUCUGCUAUGGGAACAAUUUUGGUAUUUUCCAUAUUUGUCAGGGGGGGUGUUUUAAUUGACCACUCUUAAAUUUUGGAGUUCCUCUUGAGAAAAAUGAUUACUGUUGGUUUUCAAAUUGACAACUACUUCUUAAAACAUCAGUUACCCUGAAAGAGUAUUUUAUAUACAGGUCCCAUACAUGUUCAGUACAUACAUGAUACUUGCACCUUGUGGGAAUUCAACAGGUCAGAAUUGUUAAAGGCCAGAAACUUAAAAGUAGUUUAUCUCAUUCUUACCCCAUUUUUCACAUUCUUAGCUUCGGGAGAAAUGUAGAAGUGUGCAUAAAAUAUAUGAUCAGGUUGAAAUGUACAAGGAAAGAUAACUAUACAACAUUGUAAAUGAAUUUUAUACAUUUUUAAGGCAGAUAUAUGUAUAUGUAAACACAUAUAUGUGUGUAUAUACAGUCAAAUGAGGUUAGUUCUUGAACUAAUAUAGUGGUUUUACAAAGAAUUUCAUCCAAAGAAUUUUUAUUUCAUAUUUGUUUAAAAGUGCUCCUAUGUAAGGUAGCUUUCUUUAUUAGACCAACCCUCUCAACAAAGUUGGAAAGCUAAGUGCCCAUUUUUCCUGAAUUAAUCAGAUACUUGUCUAAAUUGUUUAUCUUAAGUCUUAGGUUGCUUAUGAACCAUGACAUUCUGACUUUUCUUCCAUACCUUUAGGAAAUCAGCCUUAAUUGUAUGUAUGGCAAUCACUUUCCUCAAAGUACUAUGCAGCACUUUGUUUAUAUGUUUAUUUUUCUUUGUAAAGUGAUUGAUUUUUUUAAUGUCGGGGAUGAACAAUUUCACAUGUCCAGAUGUUGAUUUAUACAGCAAUCUGUUAGAAAUGCUCAUAUAUUAUAAUCUUUCACAAUUGUCAUCUUGCAUUUGGAGCAGUUACUUUUUUCUUACUGGUUAAAGAAUGAGUUUAGAUUAAGCGCAGUCAUAGUGGGUGCUUAAUAAAUAGUUAUUGGUCUAAUAUCAGACAGCCCUUUCAAAAGACUGUUGUCAUCUUUUCACUGAGGAGAAUAUUUCAGAGUAAUAUAUGUUUGAAUGAGAAUUUGUAUUAUUUGACAUGAAUUAUUAGGUUGGAAUUUGCUAAUUCCAUAAUAAAAAUGUUGAUGUAGAACAUAGCCUAAAGAUAGGAGUAUGAAAAGUUUAAGUAGUAUCUGUUUGUGCUAGGCACAUUAAUAAAUGUGAUUAAAUGUCUUAAUAGGCUGCUGAACUUUAGAGAAAACUAUUUUAGUCUUUUACAAUCAGUUACUGUGUUGGUAUAUUUGGUAUAAUCUGGUUUAGAUUCUAUUUCUCCCUAAAUCUUGGUUGCUUUCCAGUGUCUUGAAAGUGGUAAUGGUACAAUAGGAAAUUAUAUUUAAAUAAGUUAUUUUCUGAGAACAUCUUUGAAGUGAGGGAGAAAUUUUUAUGAAUGAUACAGUAGUUUUAGAAUCUGUUAAUUUGUGGCUUUUAGAGCAUUUUUGACAGUUUCCCUAAUGCAAACAUUUAAAUUGUUAACGCAUUCCAACUUCAGCCUUGAUGAAUAGUGUAUAGUACAAGUAUAACUAGGCACUGCCUCCUGACCAGGUCAGUACAUGCCUGCAGAGCUAGCUUGUGAUUAAGAUAACCACUGUCAGUGUUGUAUAUUGGUGUAUGUUGUUCCUGGGAGAAUAAUGGGAUGUAUACUAGAUUAACUUGUUUUUGAGUUGGACAAAAUAAAAUGUGAGGUAUUAUAUGUAUGCCAAAUAUUAAUCAAUUCUACAAAAACAAAAAAGGAGAAAGAAAAUGAUAAAAGGUAAAUUUUUUUUCUAGCACCUAAAAAAUUUUUUUUAAAUCCAAGUCUCUUGAACACUAAACAGUUGCUUACUUUAACAUCAAAGGACUUUAAUUAAAGGGAUAGUUCCCAGAUAAUAUAGUCUGCUCUUCGAAUUCUCCAUGUAUGUAAAUUUUACAUUGCUUAAAGAUUUUCCAAAAAUGGAGUAUUUAAAUAAGUUUCAGAGUUGUUUUAAUAUUUCCUUAUAGGUUAUGUUUAAAUGGACAAGUUACAUAUAUGAUCUUGGUGCAAGGUCAGAUCCUGGGCAUUAAAGAUAAGUUAGACUAACUUAUUUUACUGAAGAAACUACCUGUCUUCACUCUGACCUCACCAUUGUUUUUCUUAAACUACUUUCCCUCCAUGUAAGUCUGUGUUGAACUUCCUUUAUCUCUCACCAUAUACUAAUUGAUAUUUUUAAGGGUAAAUAUUUCGUGAGUUCUUUUUACACUUAACAAUGUAUACCUUGCAGAGGGAUAAAAAUUAAUUUUGCAAAAGGUAUAUACAGUGUGUGCUUAUGGUUUCCUGGGAGUUAGUAUUCCAGAGUGCCUAAUGUAUGACGCUAAAUUCUAAAGCUAAUAUAAUGACUAUA